CACCAAAUAAUCCCUACAAAACCCCUAACCCUAAUCUGGACUAGUAUAAAUUAGGGUUUCUUGUUAAAAUUGUGUCUCUAUUACUCGAGUUGCAGAGCCGCAACACGAUAUCUACUCUAUUACACUCUUUCUCCAUCUCAAGCUUGCCCGAUCACAGAGGUAAGCAAUGGCAGCAGCAGUGGCGGCAGCGCCGGUUCCGGUUAGCUCAGAGCCUACUCUACCUUACAACGAAGUGAAAUUGUUCAACCGCUGGACCUUCGAGGACGUUCAGGUGAAUGAUAUUUCCUUGAGUGACUACAUUGGUGUACAACCAGCCAAGCAUGCAACCUAUGUUCCACACACUGCUGGAAGGUACUCAGUAAAGCGUUUCAGGAAAGCCCAGUGCCCAAUUGUAGAGAGGCUUACCAACUCAUUGAUGAUGCAUGGUAGAAACAAUGGGAAAAAGUUGAUGGCUGUUAGGAUUGUUAAACACGCUAUGGAAAUUAUCCACCUUCUGACUGAUCAGAACCCUAUCCAAGUUAUUGUGGAUGCUGUUGUUAACAGUGGGCCAAGGGAAGAUGCCACUCGUAUUGGUUCUGCUGGUGUUGUCAGGCGUCAGGCUGUUGAUAUUUCUCCUCUUAGGCGUGUAAACCAGGCCAUCUAUCUCCUUACAACUGGUGCUCGUGAAGCUGCUUUCAGAAACAUCAAGACCAUUGCUGAAUGUUUGGCCGAUGAGCUUAUCAACGCAGCAAAAGGCUCUUCCAACAGUUACGCUAUCAAGAAAAAGGAUGAAAUUGAAAGAGUUGCUAAGGCCAAUCGUUGAGAAUUUCACACAAGAUGGCAGUGUACGGGAAUUUUGCAUGUCAUUCAGGAAAUUUUUUUUCUUUUUUUGUCUGGUUUAAACAUUAGAACAUACUAUUGAUGUUUGGCUAGUUAUUUUUGUUAAAGAUCUGUUUCAUUUUUCUCUGUUUGGAUUUUUAUGAUAUUAUUAAGAAUGAGUAGUGACUUAUAAAGUGCCAA